UUCACACAGGGACCCAUUGAAAGAAGACAUCCAGUGGGACGAACAGCAGUGUCAAGAAGCAAUUGCCCUGAUGAAGCAUUCUACAGAUGAAGUUGUAGUGAAGGAGAAAAUGAGGCUAACCCUGGCCUAUCGUCAGAAGUUGCUGCACGAUCCUGAAAACUCAGCCGACAUCCUAUCUGUUUUUCCUCGUUUCUUGGACAUUCCAGGUUUGAUUGAUCAAGAUUUCAGGAGUCUUUUUGGUGACGCAACCUCUGCAAAGAUGUUGGAGAAGUGGACCACCAACUUUCAAGCAAAGGUUGUUACUCAGUGUCGUGGACUUACACUGACUGGAGAUGUACAAGACCUCAUCCAAAAUGCUGAAGCCACUGAAGUAGAUGAUGGCUGGGACAGUGACAUGUCAUCAAUGCUGUUGCUGGUUCACCUUCUGCCACCUUCAAGCCAAGGCCGAAAAAGACCAGGGAAAAUCUCAGCCAGACAAGCAUGCGAUAGUCUUGUAAAAUUCAUCAAGAUUGGGACCAGCAUCCAAGGACACCUAGACAACAUCCCUGGGAGUCUCCAGCCAUACCUACUUGCUGUUGGUGCCAAGAAGAGCAUGAUCGAGUAUUACUACAUCGUGAUCGACAAACAUGCUCUACCCUGUAAGACCUCAACUGCACUGGCUUGUGUUGAUGAACUUUUCAAAGCACAUUUCGUCUUUGGCACAAGAUACUGUCAGGAAUUGACCAAUGUGUACACCUUUCUGCAAACCACUGUCUAUGACAUAGAUGUGGAAAACACCAAGGUAAAUCCUAGAGUUGCAGAGUUGAGGGCCAGGAUGCUGAAGUAAACUCCUAUGAUCUGCUUCAUUUGUGCAAGAUGUCAUGCCAAUGUCAAUGCC